GUAUGUUUUUCUAUAUUUUCAUAAUUUUAUUGAUAUUGUUUAUGCUAUAUCAAGUGUACCAAUACAAAAGGCCAGCUGUAAAAUUGAUUUACAAAGAAAAUGAAGAAAUAAGAUAAAUUAUAUAGAGAUGUCCAUCAUUGUUUUCAUAUUUUCCAACUCCUUAUUUGAAUGGUUUUCUUCAUACAGUUUUAUCUACAUUUAAGCAUCCAAAAGAAAAACAUUCAUCAAAUAAGGAGUAUAUUGAAAAUACUGGAAUGUCAAUUGAUUGGAUAGAUAGAGGACAUGGAAUUGACAAAAAUAAACCACUAUUAUUUAUAAUGCCUGGUUUAACAGGAAAUGUUGAGGAUGGCUAUAUAAAUACUAUAGUAAGUGAAGCUCAUAAAUAACAUUUUCAUAAUAUAUGUGUUUACAAUUAUAGAGUUCUUUAGAAGGAUGGAGAUUUUACUUUUAAACCAAAAUUCUAUAAUUAUGGAUUAAAUAUGAACCCAUAAAAUUAUGAUGAUCCUUAUCGAGAUUAUGAACAUUUUGAAAAUGAUAUUAUUUAGAAUUAGAGAAUAAGAGUUGAUUUGCCUGCUGAUUUACAUCAUUGUUUAAGUUAUUUGAAAUAGAAAUAUCAUUUUAAUAAAAUAUUAGCAAUAGGUUGUUCUUAUGGAGGAGCAUAAUUAGGUAAUUAUUUAGGGAGAUUUCACAAUAUUAGAUUAGUUGAUGCAGCUGUCUUAGUGUGUGCUCCACAUCAAAUGUUGAUUAAUUAGAAAUAUUUGUCUUAUUCAAUGGAUAUUGCUUUAACUAAGAUUUUAUAAGGAAAAUUGAAGGAAUGCAACCCAAAAUAAGAAUGUUACUUAAGAUAUCCUAUAGAAUGUUAGAAAGUUGUUGAUAGAGCAUUAUCAGCUGUUUGGAUAAGUGAUUUUGAUGCAAAUUUUGUAAUUUAGAUGUAUGGAUAUAAGAGUGUAAAAGAUUAUUAUUAGCAUUUUUCAUUAGCAAAUAGAUACCCAUUAAUAAAUGUAAAAAUAUAAUUUAUUUUAGACUCCAACAUUAUGUAUAUGUAGUGAAGAUGAUGAUGUUUGCCAUAUCAAGGCUUUGCAAUAACAUCUACUGUAGGAGAGUGCUAAAAAUAUAAUAUGUGUAACAAAGGCAGGAGGACAUAUAGGGUUUUUAGAAGGAUGGAAAACUGAAUCCAUUUGGUUUCCAAAACCAGCUAUGGAGUACUUAAGACAAUUUGCUGAUAUUCAUUAUAAACAUCAUUGAUU